AUGUCGGCUACCUGUAUCUCGCUGUCCGGUUCGACACAAUGCCCGGCCUGGAACACUUCGUCAAUCUCCACGAGCUCCAGCUUUUAUACUGAUUUCCCCUUUAUGGAAAACGUUUCGAGUCUGGCGGAUUUCGACAAACAGCUCAAUAGCUAUGUCUUGGGAUCAUAUGUCGAACUAAAAUAUGUUGAAUACCUGGGCUGCUCGGGGGUCAAUCUCAGCAACACCAGUGACUAUUAUGCGCGCUAUACCACAAGUUCCAUCUGUAAUGGACUGGUUCAACGUUCCGCAUCCGAUUGCGGCCUAUCUUCCGCGCAGUCAAAACCUCUAUGUGCUGAGUCUUGUGUACGUCCCAUGAGCCCUCGUCUCUCCCCUCGUUCUCUUGCUUCUUUCCCUAAUCGUGUGCUACAGGCCUUGAUGGCGACCAGCGAAGAAGAGAUUUUAGUCAACGCUGAGCUCUGUCCAGAAAGAGCAAGUGAUUAUAUGCAGCAAAUCCGUUCCGACUUCACAAUUUGCGCGAGCCCGGCGAGCUCGCUUACUGGAUCAUGUGUCUCUGGAGCCGACAACGAGCCCAAGGAGUGCGGUUACCGAUCUAAUCUCAUUGGAUUAUGUGGAUAUUGUGCGGCGAGCUCGCCGAACGCGACCGACUCCUGCUGUGUCAAUUCGAACGCCACUACUCGGUGCGAAGGUGUCACCAUUCCAAGUUCAACAUCUCUCUCUCCGGUUACUUCGACCCCAAACUCGGGUAGUUCUUCACAUGAUGGUCUAUCAGGAGGACAGAUAGCAGGCGUCGUAAUUGGUUCUGUUGCUGCAUUUGCCCUCAUCGCCGCAUUAAUCGCAUUCCUUCUAAUAUGCUGUCGACGAAGACGCAACUCGCAAGAUGAUAACUCGCUAAAUAAGCCGAACCCCCAAAGGAAAGGAUCGCCUUCGAUGCAACAGCCCGGCAGCCCUCAGAACUUUACUGCUGUUCCUGGUGGACGUGUGGCCAGAAUGUCUGCUUUACGUGAGGUUUCUAGCUUCUCUCCAGCACGCUCCCGCAACUCCACAGCAUUUUUGAGGGGCACUAAGUAUAGCGAUUCAUCCGACUCAGAGGGGUUUGCGAGUCCCGGCGCCAUGUCGAAGAAAAUACCGCCCACUACAGGCAAACGUCACGGGUCUCUCUCUAGCAACUCUGCGUUGGCUGGUGCUGGUAGCGAUACAUCUCCUCGUUCGGGGACCAUGGGCCAUUACUCAUCUCCAGAAGGACUGACAAGCGGACAGUCGGAGCAACUCUCUGCCUUCCAGGAUUACUAUUCGCAGGACGAUAUGCACCCGGGUGACAAGGUUGCGGUCCUCUGGGCGUACCAACCACGAGCAGGCGAUGAGUUUGCACUAGACCGAGGAGAAAUGCUCAAGGUGAUAGGUAUUUGGGACGAUGGCUGGGCAACUGGAGUUCGCGUGCCCGAAACUGCGGAGGAUUACGAUGCUCGCCAUAGAGAACAGCGCGAUAGCGGCGUUUCCAACGGCUCACAGCGAAUAUCUCCGGCCCCCACAGGCGAAAUCAAAGCAUUCCCUUUGGUUUGCGUCUGUCUCCCACAACAUUGGAAGAAAAUAAUCGAUGGCGGACAAGGUGAUGAGGUUUCUUGA